UGUGCCUUGACACAAAUACUGUUGUAUGAACCAUGUGUCAAUCAAAGUAGACAACUGUAAAGCCCUUGAGAAUAUUUUCUACAAUAUUUGUGGCAAAUUCAGUGGGUUCAAAAUUGAGUUUGUCCUUUCUGCUUCAUUAGUUUAAGCUGUAUAAUUCCUUUCCCUUCCUACAUUCUUGUUUGUCAUUUUUUCGGGGGAAGAGGAGUUGCUAGUACUGGCAUUGGUUUUCCUUUCUCUCUCUCUUUUUUUUUUUUUUUUUUCCUGAGAUGGAGCUUUGCUGUUGUUGCCCAGGCUGUAGUGCAAUGGCACAAUCUCAGCUCACUGCCUUUUGGGUUCAAGCGAUUCUCCUGCCUCAGCCUCCCAAGUAGCUGGGAUUACAGGUGCCCACCACCACGCCCAGGUAAUUUUUGUAUUUUUACUAGAGAUGGGGUUUCACCAUGUUGUCCAGGCUGGUCUUGAACUUCUGACCUCAGGUAAUCCACCUGCCUCAGCCUCCCAAAGUGCUGGGAUUAGAGGCGUGAGCCACCACAGCCAGCCUUUUUUUUUUUUUUAAUUUUGAGAUAGAGUCUCGCUCUGUCACCCAGGCUGGAGUGCUAUGGUGCAAUCUUGGCUCACUGCAACCUCUGCCUCCCAGUUUGAAGCAAUUCUGCCUCAGCUUCCCGAGUAGCUUGGAUUACAGGUGUGUGCCACCACAUUUGGCCUUUUUUUUUUUUUUUUUUUUUUUUUUUUUGAGACAGAGUCUCACUCUGUCACCCAGGCUAGAGUGCAGUGGCAUGAUCUUGGCUCGCUGCAACCUCCACCUCCCAGGUUCAAGCGAUUCUUAUCCCUCAGCCUCUUGAGUAGCUGGGACUACAGGCAUAUGCCACCAUGCCCAGAUAAUUUUUGUAUUUUUAGUAGAGGCGGGGUUUCACCAUAUUGGCCAAGCUGGUCUAGAACUCCUGACAUCAUGAUCCGCACACCUCGGCCUCCCAAUGUGCUGGGAUUACAGGCAUGAGCCACCAUGCCCAGCCCAAUUUUUGUAAUUUUAGUAGAGACAGGAGUUCACCAUGUUGGCCAGGCUAGUCUUGAACUCCUGACCUCAGGUGAUCUGCCUACCUCAGCCUCCCAGUGUGAGCCACCACACCCAGACUGGAUUGUUGAAUUCAAUGCUUGGGUCACCUCCAGAUUCAUUUUCACAGUCUUUCAUGUUUUGGUCAUAUUACAUUGUGUUUUGCUGCCAUAUGACUGAUCUUUUUUUGUUAAAUGUGAGAUACUUGUUAAAAAAUAUUUAGCAAUGAAUUGAGGCCUAGUAGCAUGUUAUCUUGCUGCAGAAGAGAUGGGAGUCUACUUCUGGGGGAUGGUCAGGGGUCCUCCAUACAGGCUGCAAUUGAGGUCGCCGGUGCAGGCUCAGUCCCUACAAAGGCCAGGGUAUUUCCUGUCCACCUCUAUUCUGAUGCAUGACUCUUCUGGGUCUCAACCAGAGCCAGUGGACUUCAGUAUGGGUCGCUUUCAUUGGCAGACCCUCAAUCCACUUGUUUUCCUUCUAAUCCCACGCAUGUGUGCAAAAGCUGCUGUGCUUCUUUGCAUCUCAGUAGUUCCUUCUGGAAUUCAGCAAUGAAACUCAGGGAAAUGGGUUCCAAAUGCGAGGCUGACUUUCAUCCUGGGUUUCCUUCUUCUCCAUCUUCACCUCAUGUCUGUUUACUGCCAUGUUAGCAAUUUGAUGUAUUCAAUCAUGGGUUUUAUAUUCUGUUUGGUGUCCCCCAUUGUUCUCAUCGGAGAUCAGAAGCUUCAGAUGCACUUACGUCAACUCAAGAGUACAAUGCUUCCUUAGCUUCCCUCCAGAGUCAGGUUUUAUGUUUCUAGUUCCCAAGUGCACAGCGGGAGUAGUGAUGUCCUCACUGGCUUCUCAUUUGCAUUAAACUGUGAGCUUCUUUAGCGUGGGGACAGGACCCUGCUCCCAUUGCAUUCUCAGAACCUCACCACACACUCGUUGUUUGAGGCCACUCCAGACAGCAUGUGCUGAAGGAUGCCCUGUGGUCAGAAACAAGUUCAUUAACUUUCUCUUUGAAGUGUUUUCGUCCCUGUUUCCUAGCGUUCUGGGAAUUUUACACAACCUUCCUAUAAAACCAAGUAUCAGGUGAGAUCCUUAGGAUGAGGACCAUGAAUCAAGUGGUGUGAGGGCAACACAGCAAACUUACCCUUUUUAGGCCGUUUCCUUUUUCUGCCCUCAAUCUCUGUGAACUGAACCUUGUUAAAGUCAGUCAACACCAGGGUGGAUGGUUUGCCGUUGUCGCCUAUUUUCAGGACAUAACACCCUGACUUAGGAGCCAUUCCAAUCAUUUGUAAUUCAAUAGAUGCGCCCAGCCUUCAGAUUGCCUUUUCUCUCAACCAGGAUCUUUAAAGUCGAUGACAAGAGUUCCAGUCCUGAAUCAUGGCAAAGUGCAGUAGUGAACUGCGGGGUUAAUGACACCAUAUUCUGGAAGGAUCUCUCUUUGGCUGAUGGUCUCAGUUCCGGCAUCAGCCUCUGACUGAGAAUCAGGUCUCACACAGGAGGAGUCAGAUGAGGAGCAAUUCUCUGCUUCCGAUGGAGUUAGUUGUGAUGAAUUGGUGAGGUCUGGUUUUUCACACUGAACUAAAAUGAGCUUUCGCUGUGUCAAGCACAAGACUGACCCCAGAAACACACAUAGUGCACCUCAUAGAAGCUUUUAAUAGUCUUUAUAUUUACUAAAGAAUAGGACUAACUAUGGAACUAUGAAGAUGAGCUGGAAAUGACAGGUGACUUGCCAGCAGGCCAGAGUGUGACUUUUUUUUGUCCCUCAAUGGGAGGUGUCAAUUCUCCCUUUGGUUGUGAGAAUCAGUUGGUUCAUUUGUGGAAAGGUUGCAGGGGGGAUCUUUGAAUCACAGCCUUCAGAUGCCAGAAGGGCAGAGGGAAUCCCACACGGGCUGGUGGAUCAUGUGUGUGCAUUUCUCUCCCUUCUAAUCUGAGGAAACUAAGCAUGAAAGAAUGUGAGCAUGCAGAAAAGGAGAGGUAGGUAUCAGAGGCAGAGGAAAAUGGGAAAUUGGAUAUGAAAGAAAUACACACCUACAAGUGAGUUCAGAAACUGAACCCCACCCUCCUGGGAAACGCCCAUUGGAGUGUUGUUUUUAACCUUUGUACAAUGUUUAGACCCAGUAAAUGCAGAAAUAGAAACAAAUGGUCAGAAGACAUAUCGUGAGAGAGAGAGAGAGAGUUCACAAAACAGAAAACAAAGUACCUUAAUAUUUACCAGUGACCAAAAGAUGUGAAGUAGCAAAACGUCUCCUGACCCCAUUGCCAGCUAGACUGUGUGGAAACUCGGUUCAUACCAGCCAUUCUAGGGGUGGGGUGAGUUGUUGUCAUCCUUAGGAAAGUGUGUUGUUGUAGGAUCAACCACAUCCUUCAAAAGGACUAUGCCUGUUUAUAAGCCCAGCUGUUUCUGCCCUGUGAAACACGGAAAAUGUUUCAACGUGCGCAAGAGUUGCGGCGGCGGGCAGAGGACUACCACAAACGCAAAAUCCCCCCUUCUGCAAGAAAGCCUCUUUGCAACUGGGUCAGAAUGGCGGCAGCGGAGCAUCGUCAUUCUUCAGGAUUGCCCCACUGGCCCUACCUCACAGCUGAAACUUUAAAAAACAGGAUGGGCCACCAGCCACCUCCUCCAACUCAACAACAUUCUAUAACUGAUAACUCCCUGAGCCUCAAGACACGUGCCGAAUGUCUGGUCUAUCCCCUUCCACCCUCAGCGGAUGAUAAUCUCACGACGCCUCCCGAGUGUUUCCUCACUCCUCUUCCACCCUCAGCUCCACCCUCAGCGGAUGAUAAUCUCAAGACACCUCCCUUAGCUACUCAGGAGGCUGAGGCAGAAAAACCACCCAAACCCGAGAGAGAGAGGGCCGCUGACGUGGAACCACCACCGAAACCCGAGAGGCGGAGGGUCGCUGACGUGCAACCAUCACGGAAACCCGAGAGGCGGAGGGCCGCUGACGUGCAACCAUCACGGAAACCCGAGAGGCGGAGGACCACUGACGUGCAACCAUCACGGAAACCCGAGAGGCGGAGGGCCGCAGUGGAUAAGACACCUGCCGAGUUUCUGGUCUAUCCCCUUCCACCCUCAGCGGAUGAUAAUCUCGAAACGCCUCUCGAGUGUCUCCUCGCUCCUCUUCCACCCUCACGUCUAUCCCCGGCUCCACCCUCAGCGGAUGAUAAGACACCUGCCGAGUUUCUGGUCUAUCCCCUUCCACCCUCAGCGGAUGAUAAUCUCGAAAUGCCUCUCGAGUGUCUCCUCACUCCACUUCCACCCUCACCUCCACCCUCAGCUCCACCCUCAGCGGAUGAUAAUCUCAAGACACCUCCCUUAGCUACUCAGGAGGCUGAGGCAGAAAAACCACCCAAACCCGAGAGAGAGAGGGCCGCUGACGUGGAACCACCACCGAAACCCGAGAGGCGGAGGGCCGCUGACGUGCAACCAUCACGGAAACCCGAGAGGCGGAGGGCCGCUGACGUGCAACCAUCACGGAAACCCGAGAGGCGGAGGACCACUGACGUGCAACCAUCACGGAAACCCGAGAGGCGGAGGGCCGCAGUGGAUAAGACACCUGCCGAGUUUCUGGUCUAUCCCCUUCCACCCUCAGCGGAUGAUAAUCUCGAAACGCCUCUCGAGUGUCUCCUCGCUCCUCUUCCACCCUCACGUCUAUCCCCGGCUCCACCCUCAGCGGAUGAUAAGACACCUGCCGAGUUUCUGGUCUAUCCCCUUCCACCCUCAGCGGAUGAUAAUCUCGAAAUGCCUCUCGAGUGUCUCCUCACUCCACUUCCACCCUCACCUCCACCCUCAGCUCCACCCUCAGCGGAUGAUAAUCUCAAGACACCUCCCUUAGCUACUCAGGAGGCUGAGGCAGAAAAACCACCCAAACCCGAGAGAGAGAGGGCCGCUGACGUGGAACCACCACCGAAACCCGAGAGGCGGAGGGCCGCUGACGUGCAACCAUCACGGAAACCCGAGAGGCGGAGGGCCGCUGACGUGCAACCAUCACGGAAACCCGAGAGGCGGAGGACCACUGACGUGCAACCAUCACGGAAACCCGAGAGGCGGAGGGCCGCAGUGGAUAAGACACCUGCCGAGUUUCUGGUCUAUCCCCUUCCACCCUCAGCGGAUGAUAAUCUCGAAACGCCUCUCGAGUGUCUCCUCGCUCCUCUUCCACCCUCACGUCUAUCCCCGGCUCCACCCUCAGCGGAUGAUAAGACACCUGCCGAGUUUCUGGUCUAUCCCCUUCCACCCUCAGCGGAUGAUAAUCUCGAAACGCCUCUCGAGUGUCUCCUCACUCCUCUUCCACCCUCACCUCCACCCUCAGCUCCACCCUCAGCGGAUGAUAAUCUCAAGACACCUCCCUUAGCUACUCAGGAGGCUGAGGCAGAAAAACCACCCAAACCCGAGAGAGAGAGGGCCGCAGACGUGGAACCACCACCGAAACCCGAGAGGCGGAGGGCCGCUGACGUGCAACCAUCACGGAAACCCGAGAGGCGGAGGGCCGCUGACGUGCAACCGUCAUGGAAACCCGAGAGGCGGAGGACCACUGACGUGCAACCAUCACGGAAACCCGAGAGGCGGAGGGCCGCAGUGGAUAAGACACCUGCCGAGUUUCUGGUCUAUCCACUUCCACCCUCAGCGGAUGAUAAUCUCGAAACGCCUCUCGAGUGUCUCCUCGCUCCUCUUCCACCCUCACGUCUAUCCCCAGCUCCACCCUCAGCGGAUGAUAAGACACCUGCCGAGUUUCUGGUCUAUCCCCUUCCACCCUCAGCGGAUGAUAAUCUCGAAACGCCUCUCGAGUGUCUCCUCACUCCUCUUCCACCCUCACCUCCACCCUCAGCUCCACCCUCAGCGGAUGAUAAUCUCAAGACACCUCCCUUAGCUACUCAGGAGGCUGAGGCAGAAAAACCACCCAAACCCGAGAGACAGAGGGCCGCUGACGUGGAACCACCACCGAAACCCGAGAGGCGGAGGGCCGCUGACGUGCAACCAUCACGGAAACCCGAGAGGCGGAGGGCCGCUGACGUGCAACCAUCAUGGAAACCCGAGAGGCGGAGGACCACUGACGUGCAACCAUCACGGAAACCCGAGAGGCGGAGGGCCGCAGUGGAUAAGACACCUGCCGAGUUUCUGGUCUAUCCACUUCCACCCUCAGCGGAUGAUAAUCUCGAAACGCCUCUCGAGUGUCUCCUCGCUCCUCUUCCACCCUCACGUCUAUCCCCAGCUCCACCCUCAGCGGAUGAUAAGACACCUGCCGAGUUUCUGGUCUAUCCCCUUCCACCCUCAGCGGAUGAUAAUCUCGAAACGCCUCUCGAGUGUCUCCUCACUCCUCUUCCACCCUCACCUCCACCCUCAGCUCCACCCUCAGCGGAUGAUAAUCUCAAGACACCUCCCUUAGCUACUCAGGAGGCUGAGGCAGAAAAACUACCCAAACCCGAGAGAGAGAGGGCCGCUGACGUGGAACCACCACCGAAACCCGAGAGGCGGAGGGCCGCUGACGUGCAACCAUCACGGAAACCCGAGAGGCGGAGGGCCGCUGACGUGCAACCAUCAUGGAAACCCGAGAGGCGGAGGACCACUGACGUGCAACCAUCACGGAAACCCGAGAGGCGGAGGGCCGCAGUGGAUAAGACACCUGCCGAGUUUCUGGUCUAUCCACUUCCACCUUCAGCGGAUGAUAAUCUCGAAACGCCUCUCGAGUGUCUCCUCGCUCCUCUUCCACCCUCACGUCUAUCCCCAGCUCCACCCUCAGCGGAUGAUAAGACACCUGCCGAGUUUCUGGUCUAUCCCCUUCCACCCUCAGCGGAUGAUAAUCUCGAAACGCCUCUCGAGUGUCUCCUCACUCCUCUUCCACUCUCACCUCCACCCUCAGCUCCACCCUCAGCGGAUGAUAAUCUCAAGACACCUCCCUUAGCUACUCAGGAGGCUGAGGCAGAAAAACCACCCAAACCCGAGAGACAGAGGGCCGCUGACGUGGAACCACCACCGAAACCCGAGAGGCGGAGGGCCGCUGACGUGCAACCAUCACGGAAACCCGAGAGGCGGAGGGCCGCUGACGUGCAACCAUCAUGGAAACCCGAGAGGCGGAGGACCACUGACGUGCAACCAUCACGGAAACCCGAGAGGCGGAGGGCCGCAGUGGAUAAGACACCUGCCGAGUUUCUGGUCUAUCCACUUCCACCCUCAGCGGAUGAUAAUCUCGAAACGCCUCUCGAGUGUCUCCUCGCUCCUCUUCCACCCUCACGUCUAUCCCCAGCUCCACCCUCAGCGGAUGAUAAGACACCUGCCGAGUUUCUGGUCUAUCCCCUUCCACCCUCAGCGGAUGAUAAUCUCGAAACGCCUCUCGAGUGUCUCCUCACUCCUCUUCCACCCUCACCUCCACCCUCAGCUCCACCCUCAGCGGAUGAUAAUCUCAAGACACCUCCCUUAGCUACUCAGGAGGCUGAGGCAGAAAAACCACCCAAACCCGAGAGAGAGAGGGCCGCUGACGUGGAACCACCACCGAAACCCGAGAGGCGGAGGGCCGCUGACGUGCAACCAUCACGGAAACCCGAGAGGCGGAGGGCCGCAGUGGAUAAGACACCUGCCGAGUUUCUGGUCUAUCCUCUUCCACCCUCAGCGGAUGAUAAUCUCAAAAUGCCUCUCGAGUGUCUCCUUACUCCUCUUCCACCCUCACCUCCAUCCUCAGCUCCACCCUCAGCGGAUGAUAAUCUCAAGACACCUCCCUUAGCUACUCAGGAGGCUGAGGCAGAAAAACCACCGAAACCCGAGAGGCGGAGGGCCACUGACGUGGAACCACCACUGAAACCCGAGACGCGAAGCGCCGCUGACGCGCAGCCAUCACGGAAACCCGAGAGGCGGAGGGCCGCUGACCUGGAAUCACCACCGAAACCCGAGAGGCGGAGCGCCGCUGACGCGCAGCCAUCGCUGAAACCCGAGAGGCGGAGCGCCGCUGACGUGCAGCCGUCGCCGAAACCUGAGAGGCGGAGGGCCGCUGACCUGGAAUCACCACCGAAACCCGAGAGGCGGAGGGCCGCUGACCUGGAAUCACCACCGAAACCUGAGAGGCGGAGGGCCGCUGACACGCAACCAUCACCGAAACCCGAGAGGCGGAGGGCCGCUGACCUGGAAUCACCACCGAGACCCGAGAGGCGGAGCGCCGCUGACCUGGAAUCACCACCGAAACCUGAGAGGCGGAGGGCCGCUGACGUGCAACCAUCACUGAAACCCGAGAGGCGGAGCGUCGCUGACGCGCAGCCGUCGCCGAAACCUGAGAGGCGGAGGGCCACUGACCUGGAAUCACCACCGAAACUCGAGAGGCGGAGCGCCGCUGACGCGCAGCCGUCGCCGAAACCUGAGAGGCGGAGGGCCACUGACCUGGAAUCACCACCGAAACUCGAGAGGCGGAGCGCCGCUGAUGCGCAGCCGUCGCCGAAACCUGACAGGCGGAGGGCCACUGACGUGGAAUCACCACCGAAACCCGAGAGGCGGAGGGCCGCUGACCUGGAAUCACCACCGAAACCUGAGAGGCGGAGGGCCGCUGACACGCAACCAUCACCGAAACCCGAGAGGCGGAGGGCCGCUGACCUGGAAUCACCACCGAGACCCGAGAGGCGGAGCGCCGCUGACCUGGAAUCACCACCGAAACCUGAGAGGCGGAGGGCCGCUGACGUGCAACCAUCACUGAAACCCGAGAGGCGGAGCGUCGCUGACGCGCAGCCGUCGCCGAAACCUGAGAGGCGGAGGGCCACUGACCUGGAAUCACCACCGAAACUCGAGAGGCGGAGCGCCGCUGACGCGCAGCCGUCGCCGAAACCUGAGAGGCGGAGGGCCACUGACCUGGAAUCACCACCGAAACUCGAGAGGCGGAGCGCCGCUGAUGCGCAGCCGUCGCCGAAACCUGACAGGCGGAGGGCCACUGACGUGGAAUCACCACCGAAACUCGAGAGGCGGAGCGCCGCUGACGCGCAACCAUCACCGAAACCCGAGAGGCGGAGCGCCGCUGAUGCGCAGCCGUCGCCGAAACCUGAGAGGCGGAGGGCCGCUGACCUGGAAUCACCACCGAAACCCGAGAGGCGGAGGGCCGCUGACCUGGAAUCAGCACCGAAACCCGAGAGGCGGAGGGCCGCUGACGCGCAACCAUCACCGAAACCUGAGAGGCGGAGGGCCGCUGACGCGCAACCAUCACCGAAACCCGAGAGGCGGAGCGCCGCUGACGCGCAGCCAUCACCGAAACCUGAGAGGCGGAGGGCCGCUGACGCGCAGCCAUCACCGAAACCCGAGAGGCGGAGCGCCGCUGACGCGCAGCCAUCACCGAAACCCGAGAGGCGGAGGGCCGCUGACGCGCAGCCGUCGCCGAAACCCGAGAGGCGGAGCGCCGCUGACGCGGAACCAUCAUCACCCGAACCCAAGAGGCGGAGGGUCGCUGACGAACCGCCAUGCAAACCCCCACGCAAACCCAAGAGGCGGAGGGCCGCUGACAGGGAACGGCCACGCAAACCCCCACGCAAACCCAAGAGGUGGAGCGCCGCUGAGGCGCAGCCGUCGCCGAAACCUGAGAGGCGGAGCGCCACUGACGCGGAACCUCCACGCAAGCUCAAGAGGCGGAGGGCCGCUGACCGGAAACCAUCAUCACCCGAACCCAAGAGGCGGAGGGUCGCUGACGUGGAACCGCCACACAAACCCAAGAGGCGCAGGGUCGCUGACGUGAGACGGCCACGCAAACCCCCACGCAAACCCAAGAGGUGGAGCGCCGCUAAGGCGCAGCCGUCGCCGAAACCCGAGGGGCGGAGCGCCGCUGAGGCGCAGCCGUCGCCGAAACCCGAGGGGCGGAGCGCCGCUGACGCGCAGCCGUCGCCGAAACCCGAGGGGCGGAGCGCCGCUGACGCGCAGCCGUCGCCGAAACCCGAGGGGCGGAGCGCCGCUGACGCGCAGCCGUCGCCGAAACCCGAGGGGCGGAGCGCCGCUGACGCGCAGCCGUCGCCGAAACCCGAGGGGCGGAGCGCCGCUGACGCGCAGCCGUCGCCGAAACCCGAGGGGCGGAGCGCCGCUGACUCGCAGCCGUCGCCGAAACCCGAGAGGCGGAGCGCCGCUGACCUGGAAUCACCACCGCAACCCGAGAGGCGGAGCACCGCUGACGCGCAAGCAUCACCGAAAUCCGAGAGGUGGAGCGCCGCUGAGGCGCAGCCGUCGCCGAAACCCGAGAGGCGGAGCGCCGCUGACACGCAGCCAUCACCGAAACCUGAGAGGCGGAGCGUCGCUGACCUGGAAUCACCACCGAAACCCGAGAGGCGGAGCGCCGCUGACCUGGAAUCACCACCGAAACCCGAGAGGCGGAGCGCCGCUGAGGCGCAGCCGUCGCCGAAACCCGAGAGGCGGAGCGCCGCUGACACGCAGCCAUCACCGAAACCCGAGAGGCGGAGCGUCGCUGACACGCAGCCAUCACCGAAACCUGAGAGGCGGAGCGCCGCUGACACGCAGCCAUCACCGAAACCCGAGAGGCGGAGCGCCGCUGACCUGGAAUCACCACCGAAACCCGAGAGGCGGAGCGCCGCUGAGGCGCAGCCGUCGCCGAAACCCGAGAGGCGGAGCGUCGCUGACACGCAGCCAUCACCGAAACCUGAGAGGCGGAGCGUCGCUGACACGCAGCCAUCACCGAAACCCGAGAGGCGGAGCGUCGCUGACCUGGAAUCACCACCGAAACCCGAGAGGCGGAGCGCCGCUGAGGCGCAGCCGUCACCGAAACCCGAGAGGCGGAGCGCCGCUGACCCGCAGCCAUCACCGAAACCUGAGAGGCGGAGCGUCGCUGACACGCAGCCAUCACCGAAACCUGAGAGGCGGAGCGUCGCUGACCUGGAAUCACCACCGAAACCCGAGAGGCGGAGCGCCGCUGACCUGGAAUCACCACCGAAACCCGAGAGGCGGAGCGCCGCUGAGGCGCAGCCGUCGCCGAAACCCGAGAGGCGGAGCGCCGCUGACACGCAGCCAUCAUCGAAACCCGAGAGGCGGAGCGUCGCUGACACGCAGCCAUCACCGAAACCCGAGAGGCGGAGCGCCGCUGACACGCAGCCAUCACCGAAACCUGAGAGGCGGAGCGUCGCUGACACGCAGCCAUCACCGAAACCUGAGAGGCGGAGCGUCGCUGACACGCAGCCAUCACCGAAACCCGAGAGGCGGAGCGUCGCUGACCUGGAAUCACCACCGAAACCCGAGAGGCGGAGCGCCGCUGAGGCGCAGCCGUCGCCGAAACCCGAGAGGCGGAGCGCCGCUGACACGCAGCCAUCACCGAAACCUGAGAGGCGGAGCGUCGCUGACACGCAGCCAUCACCGAAACCUGAGAGGCGGAGCGUCGCUGACCUGGAAUCACCACCGAAACCCGAGAGGCGGAGCGCCGCUGAGGCGCAGCUGUCGCCGAAACCCGAGAGGCGGAGCGCCGCUGACUCGCAGCCGUCGCCGAAACCCAAGAGGCGGAGCGCCGCUGACACGCAGCCAUCAUCGAAACCCGAGAGGCGGAGCGCCGCUGACGCGCAGCCGUUGCCGAAACCCGAGAGGCAGAGCGCCGCUGAUGCGCAGCCGUCGCCGAAACCCGAGAGGCGGAGCGCCGCUGCUGACACGCAGCCGUCGCCAAAACCCGAGAGGCGGAGCGCCGCUGACGCGCAGCCGUCGCCGAAACCCGAGAGGCGGAGUGCCGCUGAACUGGAAUCACCACCGGAACCCGAGAGGCGGAGCGCCGCUGACGCGCAGCCGUCGUCGAAACCCGAGAGGCGGAGCGCCGCUGACGCGCAGCCGUCGCCGAAACCCGAGAGGCGGAGCGCCGCUGAUGCGCAGCCGUCGCCGAAACCCGAGAGGCGGAGCGCCGCUGACGCGGAACCGCCUCGCAAACGCAAGAGGCGGAGGGCAGCGGACAUUGAACUAUCAUCACCCGAACCCAAGAGGCGGAGGAUCGGUGACGUGGAACGGCCACGCAAACCCAAGAGGCCGAGGGCCGCCGACGUGGAACCAUCAUUACCCGAACCCAAGAGGCGGAGGGUCGGUGACGUGGAACUGCCACGCAAACGCAAGAGGCCGCAGGCCGCCGACGUGGAACCAUCAUUACCCGAACCCAAGAGGCGGAGGUUGAAUUAGGUGAGAACAGGCCAUUGCACUCAAGCCUGAGCAAUAAGAAUAAAACUGAGUAGAACAAAAUAAAAAAAUCAAAAAACAAAACAAAACCCACACUCCAAAAACAAAGAAUAAAUAAAUAAUAUAAAAAUAAAAUAAA